GAUGCGGCCCGGGCCGGCCCUGCUCCUGCUCGGCUUCCUCCUCGCCGUGACCGGCGGCGGCCGCGUGGAGGUGCCGCGCAGCGUGACGGCCGUGCUGGGGCAGGACGUGGUGCUGCCGUGCCGGUACCGGGCGCAGGAGCAGGAGCAGGUGGUGCAGGUGACGUGGCUGAAGCGCGGCCCGGGCGCGGUGCCCGCCGAGGUGGCCGUGCUGAACCCGCAGCACGGCGAGCACGUGCAGGAGCCCUUCGCGGGCCGCGUGCUGCGCCACGGCCACGGCGACCUGGGCGACGGCGCCAUCGUCCUGCGCAACGCCGUGCAGGGCGACGAGGGCGACUACGAGUGCCACCUGAUCACCUUCCCCAUGGGCAACUUCGAGGGGCGCCUCACGCUCAGGGUGCUGGUGCCCCCGCUGCCCAUCCUGAACCCGGGCCCGCCGCUGGAGGAGGGCCAGGGCCGGACGCUGGCGGCCUCGUGCACGGCCGAGGGCAGCCCGGUGCCCUCGGUGCGCUGGGAGACCGAGGUGCGCGGCACCAACGCCACGCGGCGCUCGGCCCACGCGCGCUCGGCCUCGGUCACCAGCGAGUUCUUCCUGGUGCCCGGGCGCAGCAUGAACGGCAAGAGCCUCACCUGCGUGGUGGCACACCCCGGCCUGCGCCACGAGAAGAGGAUCACGCACCUGCUCAGCGUCGCCUACCUGUCGGACGCGUCGGUGCUGGGCCACACGGCCGAGUGGCAGGAGGGCAUGGAGGGGGCGGCGCUGACCUGCCUGGGGGACGGCAACCCCCCCCCGACCUACAACUGGACACGGGUGGACGCGCCGCUGCCCGCGGGUGUCAGGGUCAAGGGGGACACGCUGCUGUUCCAGCGGCCGCUGGCCGUGGCCGACGCCGGCGACUACGUGUGCCGAGUGUCCAACCGCGUGGCCGCCAAGGAGGCGCGGGCCAACGUCAGCAUCCGGGGACGUGCCACAGAGGACACGGUGCGCCGCGUGGACCUGGUGUCGGCCUCGGUGGUCGUGGUCGGGGUCAUCGCCGCCGUCCUGCUCUGCGUCCUCGUCAUCGUCGUGGUGGUCAUGACCCUGUACCACAAACGCAAGACCCAGCGCAUCUCCGAGAAGUACGAGGAGGAGCUGACGCUGACCCGGGAAAAUUCCAUCCGGAGGCUCCACUCCAGCCACAGCAGCGACCCCCGGGCACAGCUGGAGGAGACGCUGCAGCUGCGGACGGAGAGUCGCCAGGGCAGCCUGCGAGGGGACAGCUUGAGAGGGGACAGCCUGCGAGGGGACAGCCUGCGAGGGGACAGCCUGCGUGGCACCAGCAUCUGCUCCGCCAUGAGCGAGGAGCCCGAGGGCCGCAGUUACUCCACGCUCUCCACGGUGCGGGAGAUCGAGACGCAGACCGACGUCCCCGUUGUCCCCGCUGUCCCCGCGGUGCCACCGCCGCCCGGCGGGAAGGAGCCCAAGGAGGAGGAGGAGGAGGGGGGCGGCGGGGGGGACCCCAUCAAGGCGGCCAUGACGCACUUCGUGCAGGAGAACGGGAUGCUGCAGGCCAAGCCCAGCUCCAACGGCAUCUACAUCAACGGCCGCGGCCACCUGGUGUGAGCCGGGCCCCGGGGGGACACCUGGGGACACCUGGGGACACCUGGGGACAGCCAGGGCACGGCCAGCCCCCCCCCCGCGCCCGCCUGGCUCUGUCCCCUCCGCUCCGGUCCCCGGGUGUCACCUCCCUGCUGGUGUGGGGUCAAGAUGGACUCUGGUCCUUGGGUGUCACCUCCCUGCUGGUGUGGGGUUGGGGACAAGGACAGUGCCCCAGGACUGUGUCACCUCCCUGCUGGUGUGGGGCUGGGGACAAGGACAGUGCCCCAGGACUGGCUGCGGUCCCCGGGUGUCACCUCCCUGCUGGUGUGGGGUCAAGCAAAGACUCUGGUCCCCAAGUGUCACCUCCCUGCUGGCACAUGGAGUUGGGGACACCACCAAGCCCCAGGACAUUCGUGUCACCUCCCUGCUGGCACAUGGAGUUGGGGACACCACCAAAGCCCCAGGACAUUCUUCAGUCCCCAAGUGUCACCUUGCUGCUGGCACAGGCUUGGGGACACCACCGAGCUCAAGGACAUUCUCCGGUCCCCAAGUGCCACCUCCCUGCUUCAGAG